CUCGAGUCACCGAAACCACCAGCUUUUUUUCCGAAACCCAGAGCAUCAUGCCUGCCUACCUUAUCUCCAGGAUUGCGGAUCCCCUCUUCGCCCUAGCCAUGGGCGUCUCUGCUACCCUCACCCGCAUUCGCCGUGACCAGCGCGAACAGCACCCCGAGCGCACAUCAGAAAUCACAUACAGAAGCAUCGUACAGACGAGCGGGCAUCGGUUACAGCGGUGGUGGAACGGAGACUUCCAGGAUGUUUAAAUGGGAAUUGGGAUACAUCAUCAGUUUGGAGUUUUGGUUUGGGAGAUUCUCGUAAAGAGAAUUAAUAUUGAUCGUCGAAUCUUGUAUUCUAUUUGUACAUAUCUACAUACACAAACUGGUCGUCCAAUAGCAUGGAAAUGGAAUGGUCA